GCACCGGAACCGCGGCAGUCUUAUUCAGUCGACCGGGCGCGCGCGCACGCAUAUCUGCAAUCAGCGUCCGACGGAUAACGCAACAAUGUUGUGACGUUUGUUUUUCCUUCGUUCUCCGACCAAGUGCUACUCCACCGCGUAUUGCCGACGAGUAACUCUCGCGAAACGCGCACGUGCCACCGCGCCAACCAUGAAGACCACCGCGGCGAUAGCGUUGCUCCUGUGUUGCGGCGCUUCAUUGCUGCCCCGUUCAACAGUCGCCUUGCCGGUAACUGCAGAUGAUCAGGAUGAAAGCAUAACCGCACCGAAAGAGACCACGGUUGAGGUUACCACCGGCACAGCAGCAGAGACCACGGUCGAAAGCACUACCAGUAUGAAUGAGAUCACGGUCGAAAACACCACCUGGACGGAAGAGAUCACGGUCGAAAGCACCACCUGGACGGAAGAAACCACGAUCGAAAACACUGACAGGAUGGAAGAGACCACGGUUGAAAACACUGACAGGACGGAAGAGACCACGAUCGAAAGCACCACUGGGACGGAAGAGACCAUGGUCGAAAUCACCACUACGAUGGAAGGUAUCAUGGUUGAAAGCACCACCAAUGAUGUCACAACCAUAGCCAACAAAGGGAUGCCCGCUGAAGUGAUCAAGGAUAAGCUGAGCGAACAGAUUAGAAAAAUCCUGAGACACUAUCAGCGACGUGAUCCCGAGGGCUUUCCCGGUGCUCCGAUUCCCGACCCGCUGAAGAUACCACCCAUGAACAAGAACUUCGGUGUGGCUGACAUGACGUUCGUGAACAUGACCGUACACGGACUGUCCAAGUUCAAAGUGGAACGCGUCAACGUGGACUUGAAAAAGAUGCAAGUGUACGUGCUGCUGAAAAUCAAACGGAUGUACGUGCUGGGCAACUACACGCUGAGGUCGUGGUUCGGGCGGCCGGCCGCGGGCCCGUUUAACGUGACGCUGAUGGACGUGGACGCGGAGGCGGCGGCCGCGCUCGAACCGGACGAGGACGGCAACCUGCAGGCCACGGAGACGGACAUGGACAUGCGGUUCAAGGACUGCGAGCUGGACUUCAAGAACCUGGGCUUCACCGCGUCGCUGUUCCAGGGCAUCCUGAGCUCGGUGGGCUCGGUCAUGUUCGAGGGCAUCAAACCGUUCAUCGUGACCGAGGUGAACACGAACCUGCGGGCGGACGUGAACGCGCAGGUGAAGGCGAUCACCAGCAAGCUGCCCAAGCUGUCGGUGCCGGUGCCCGACCUGGCGGUGGCCGAGGGCCGGGCGUACGUGCGCCGAAUGGGCUACGACCCGUACCACGUGGCCGACCGCACGAUCAGCGAGGGCCCGCUGAACUUCACAGUCAGGGACCUGACGGUGCGCGGUCUGUCCGACUUCCGGCGCGUGGGCGACAUCGGGCUGCAGGUGCGCGGCCCCGUGCUCCAGAUAGCCGUGCACGUCAUCACCGGCGCGGUCAACGGCACGCUCAAGUGGCAGUACCGGCUGCAGCUGGCGUCCGCGUUCGCGCAGUCGGGCGUGUCCAAUUUCACGGUGGACCACGUGCAGGUGCGCGCGCUGGUCAACCAGUCGCUGGACAUACGCGAGAAACCGGUGCUGGACGGGCUGCAGAUCGAGAUGGGACGCGUCGCGGUCAUCAUGGACAGGGGCGAGCCGCUCGGCUACGUGCUCGAGGUAGCCGUCAACUCGCUGCCCACGCUGCUGCGGCACAUGAUCGUCGACGCGCUCGAGGACCCGAUCAAGAUGAAGGUGCAGACGCUGCUGGACGAGGUGCAGCUGGAGAAGAUGGUCGAGGAACGGUUGCCCGAGCUCGACCGACUCGAGGGCCAGACCGCCGCAGCCGGUAACGGCACUACGACUUCGGACACCGGUACCACUGCUACCACUGGUACGGCUACCACCGACACCGGUACCACUGCUACGGUUACCACCGCUACCGAUACCACUGUUACCGCUUCUGCGUCCGCAGACGGCGCCACGGAACGGACGGAACGAUAGCUGCCAUCGAGCGUUACGGGCACGAAUAAAUGGUGUACGACGAGCGCACUAGGAUCUAUGCAAAACAACAGCGCGCCACGACUACGUAUACACUUCGAGACGAUAUACCAAAAUAUUUUUUCGACACAAUACCGUACGGAUGAACACAAGUGAUUUCCUCGGACCAAUGGUCGUUCCACGACGAUCCCGCAAAGACCGUUCUAUUUAAUCUAUAUAUAUUGUAUAUCGUUCCGUUAGGCUUUUGUUUUAAUUUAUUUUUAUUUCUAUUGUAUAAGUGGUUUUUUUUUCUAAAAAUAUUUGUAACAAUGAACGUUUUUUUUUUGCAAUAAACACGCGGUUUCUCGUUGUCGUGCAGUCGUCGGCGCGCACGAAUCGGUCAGAAAUUUCUACCGGGGAAAAAAACGCCCCUCUUAGAUAUACCAAAAGUAUAAAAAUAACCCUAAAAAAAAAAAAAACCCCCGUACAUUU